AUUUUCCUUCGUUUCUUAACAAAAACUGAUCGAAAUGAUCUUCCAAACAUUCACAAUUUUACUGGCUUGCACUUUGCAAGUCUUAACAAUCCCCCAAGGAGCUCGCGAAAAAGAUUGGUGGGAAACUGGCAACUUUUAUCAAGUCUAUCCCCGCAGUUUUAUGGACUCUGAUGGUGAUGGUGUCGGCGAUUUGAAAGGAAUCCAACAAAAAGUUUCUUAUUUAAAAGAAAUCGGCAUGGAUGGCGUCUGGCUCUCCCCAAUUUUCGAUUCUCCAAUGGCAGAUUUUGGUUAUGACAUUUCCAACUUUACAAAAGUCUAUCCGAAAUUCGGCGACAUGCAAUCGAUUCAAGAGUUGAUCGACGAAUGCAACAAAAACGACAUCAAAUUAAUUUUGGAUUUCGUGCCAAAUCACUCGAGUAACGAAAGUGAGUGGUUCAAAAAGUCCGUGGCACGUGAUCCGUACUACUCCGACUUUUACAUUUGGCACAAAGGGAAGCCCAAUCCAAAUGGCGGUCGAAAUUUGCCUCCCACAAAUUGGGUUAGUGCGUUUCGUAGCAGCGCCUGGGAGUGGAACGAGCAACGUGGCGAAUAUUAUUUGCAUCAAUUUUUAGCGGCGCAACCGGAUUUGAACUAUCGCAAUCCCGUAGUUGUCGAAACAAUGAAAAAUGUCCUUCGCUUCUGGCUGCAAAAGGGAAUUAACGGCUUUCGUAUCGACGCUGUGCCAUAUUUGUUUGAAGUUGCCCCCGAUUCUGAUGGAAACUACCCCGAUGAGCCACUUACGUACAAAUGUGAUGAUCCGCUGGCGCAAUGUUAUUACGACCAUAUUUACACGCAAAUGAGACCCGAGACGAUUGAUAUGGUCACCCAAUGGCGCUCCGUGAUGGAUGAAUGGCAGCAAAAGAAUGGCGGACCCACGAGAGUUUUGUUGGUCGAAGCAUAUGCGCCGCUCAAGAAAGUCGUUGAGAUUUACGGCGAAGACGGGAAACUCAAUGGCGCCGAAUUUCCCUUUAAUUUUGAAUUUUUGAACUAUUUGGGACCCACAAGUAACGCACGUGACUUCAAAGCUGUGAUUGAUAAUUAUUUAGCGACCAUCCCGCAAGGCUCGACGCCGAAUUGGGUUCAAGGCAAUCACGAUCAACAUCGUUCGGCGUCGCGAUUGGGACCACAAAAAGCUGAUGCGGUGAAUAUUUUGUUGCAAAUUUUGCCGGGAGCUGCAAUUACUUAUUACGGCGAAGAAUUGGCGAUGGAAGACGUUUUUAUCCCAUGGUAUCGCACCGUUGAUCCGCAAGCUUGUACCACAGAUCCCGUUACUUUCCACAAAUAUUCCCGCGAUCCAGCUCGAACUCCGAUGAUUUGGGAUGGAAAACGUAACGCCGGAUUUUCGAGCAGUAAUUACACUUGGUUGCCCGUUGGCCCGGACUUCCGUAAUAAUAAUGUCGAAAAACAACGUCAGCAACGAGGAAGUCACUUCAAUAUUUUCAAGAGAUUAACUCAAUUGAGGAAGCAGGAUAUCUUGAUGUAUGGCGAUUAUGACAGUGCAUUGCUGAAUGAAGACGUCUUGGCGAUAAAACGUGAACUUCCGAACAACCGAACAUUGAUCGCGGUCCUUAAUUUGGGCUUUACGGAACAAAUGGUCAAACUUUCGUUGAUCUCAGAAUGGAAAAUCCCGGAAAUAAUGGAAGUUUAUACGGCGUCUGUGGAUUCUGGCAUGUUCGAGAGACAACCAAUUGUCACAGAUGAGGUCUAUGUUGCUGCUGGAAUUGGUGUUGUGCUUGACUAUCAAGUUGGAAAACGUCUUCCGGAGCCUCGGGGUGACGAUCCAGGACAAUUUGAUCAAUAAUUUCCUUAAAUUUCUUUAAAAAAAAUUUUUUCUUUUUCCUUCUUUUUUUCUUCACUAAUAAACUCCAAAAUUGGCAAAAUA